CAUUCUUGUGCCGUUUCUCGGAAAAGCUUUUCAGUAAAUGCACUCAUGCUGCUCCAGGAGCUCUUCUCUGCAACAAGCCGCCCAUCUGCCAUCAACAAGUUAAGACCAAGAGAACUAACGGCUGCGGGAAGGAGAGACUGAAGCUUUGAUUAACCAGCUGAGCAGUUAAAGAAGGACGAAAUUAAUAACGUGCUCAAAACUGAUUUAGGAGAUCAGAGUUGUCACAGAAAACGAAACCAAUGCUUCCGAGAGGAAUAUCCUAAGGGGGGAAAAAAAACAACUUAUCCUAGUGGAUUCAUUUCACUCCGGAAAGCUGGGGACACAGAAAACAGGAAACUGGUCAAAGGCUCCUGCAUGUUUGAGCCUUUUACAGACUCACUGCGUUGAGUCUAACAAUCGCGACUGAAUGCAGUCUCCAAUGUGCUCAGAAGAAUGGGCUUACAUUUCAAGUGGCCAUUAGGGGCUCCUAUGCUGGCAGCAAUAUAUGCAAUGAGUAUGGUUUUAAAAAUGCUGCCUGCGCUGGGUAUGGCGUGUCCACCCAAAUGCCGCUGCGAGAAGCUGCUCUUCUACUGCGACUCUCAGGGCUUCCACUCAGUGCCAAAUGCCACAGACAAGGGCUCUCUGGGCCUGUCUCUGAGACACAAUCAUAUCACAGAGCUUGAAAGAGAUCAAUUUGCCAGCUUCAGCCAACUUACCUGGCUCCACUUAGACCACAAUCAAAUUUCAACAGUAAAAGAAGAUGCUUUUCAAGGACUCUAUAAACUUAAGGAAUUAAUCUUAAGUUCCAACAAAAUAUUUUACCUGCCGAACACAACUUUUACCCAAUUAAUUAAUCUGCAAAAUUUGGACCUAUCUUUUAAUCAGUUAUCAUCUCUGCACCCAGAGCUCUUCUACGGCCUUCGGAAGCUGCAGACCUUGCAUUUACGAUCCAACUCCCUGCGGACUAUCCCAGUACGCCUGUUCUGGGACUGUCGUAGUCUGGAGUUUCUGGAUUUGAGCACAAAUCGUUUGCGAAGUUUGGCUCGUAAUGGAUUUGCAGGAUUAAUCAAACUGAGAGAGCUUCACCUAGAGCACAACCAGCUGACAAAGAUUAAUUUUGCUCAUUUCCUCCGGCUAAGCAGUCUGCACACACUCUUCUUACGAUGGAACAAAAUUAGCAACUUGACGUGUGGGAUGGAGUGGACCUGGAGCACUUUAGAAAAGCUAGACUUGACUGGAAAUGAAAUCAAAGCCAUUGACCUGACAGUAUUUGAGACAAUGCCUAAUCUUAAAAUACUCCUCAUGGAUAACAACAAGUUAAACAGUCUUGAUUCCAAGAUCUUAAACUCCCUGAGAUCCCUCACUACCAUAGGGCUCUCUGGCAAUCUGUGGGAAUGCAGCCCUCGAAUAUGUGCUUUGGCCUCCUGGCUGGGCAGUUUCCAAGGUCGGUGGGAGCAUUCAAUCCUAUGCCACAGUCCUGACCACACCCAGGGAGAGGAUAUUCUAGAUGCAGUCCAUGGAUUUCAGCUCUGCUGGAAUUUAUCAACAACUGUCACUGCCAUCGCUACAACUUACAGAAAUCCAACCACUGAAUAUACAAAAAGAAUAAGCUCAUCAAGUUACCAUGUGGGAGACAAAGAAAUUCCAACUACUGCAGGCAUUACUGUUACUACUGAGGAACACUUUCCUGAACCAGACAAUGCCAUCUUCACUCAGCGGGUAAUUACAGGAACAAUGGCUUUAUUGUUUUCUUUCUUUUUUAUUAUUUUUAUAGUGUUCAUCUCCAGGAAGUGCUGCCCUCCCACUUUAAGAAGAAUUAGGCAGUGCUCAAUGAUUCAGAACCACAGGCAGCUCCGAUCCCAAACACGACUCCAUAUGUCAAACAUGUCAGACCAAGGACCAUAUAAUGAAUAUGAACCCACCCAUGAAGGACCCUUCAUCAUCAUCAAUGGUUAUGGACAGUGUAAGUGUCAGCAACUGCCAUACAAAGAAUGUGAAGUAUAAUAUAUCAACCCAUCAUCAAAACUUACAUCAGAUAAGUAAUCUAUUUUACAUGUAGGGGGCUAAAUACAUAUCUAAUUUUUAUCAAUGGUGACAUUCAGCCUAAUUUUCCAAACCAAGUGGAAAUUUAAGUUUUUGAAGUAUUGAAGUAUUUUUAAUUUUUUAAUGAAACCAUAUUUUAAGUGUUAUAAUGAAGCAAUGCUCACAUUAAUUUGCACUCUUGUUGAAAAAUCAAAAAUUGCUUACUUCAAAAUAAGAUAGUUCGUGUAUGUAAUUAUAUACUAUUGUGUGUAAACAUUUACACUAAGAUCUCCAUAACUUAUUUUUUCCCUAUUGAAAACAAUAUGGAAAGAAGCUACUGAGAUAAAAAAAAAAAAAUCAAUACUUGUUUGAUCAUUGCUCUGCAUUCCACAUAGCACAACUAGCCUGCUGCUUAAAGGAGACUUAGCAAAGUUCUCUUGUAUAAUAAUUUGGCUUUUACUCAAAUCUGCAAUUUAUUGCCAGUGUGGGAAGUAGAAUUUCAUGUAUGUUGAAGACUGGCAAAUAUUAAACACUCUUCUCAGAGUUUCUGCCUGGGAUAGAUGCUAUUAUCAAGUCCACACCAUGAAAACAGAAUCCUUUAUGUAACUCUAAUAAGCUGAGUGACUUUAAUAUAUUUAAACAAUGACUCCAAGUGAUUGUGAAAAGGUCUCAUUAUAAUGAAAUCAAUACUAAAUAAUUAUACUGACUUUGUAUUACAUUAUCUCUAGUUUGACUUAUUAAUUGACAAGUUGAGUUUUGUGGCAUCUAGACAAUUUAAAUUAGUUUUAAAUGACCCUUUUACUUAUUAGUUUACUAAAUAUUGUAUUUAAAAUUAUAUGGGAAAAUUAGGAAUUAAAGAAAAAGACAGUCGAUUUAACAAUUCUAUGACUGACUCUCUAGAAUGAAAGCACACAAAUAUAUUUAUAUUCUCUCAACUGUCAUAAUCAAAGAUGCCUUGACAAAGCAGUUUAAACCUCUUCUGCCUUUUCCUGAUCUUCAAACCUCAGAGUGAAAUUAAAAAUAAUUUGCUAGCAAUGGACAUAAAUGCUGGUUCUUGUUAGACUACGUUAUAAAGGAAUCACGACAAAAUUAUUUUCUAAAUGCUAAAUUUGACAUUUUAAUAAAGAUAUAUUCACACUGUUAAGAGCAGUUCCUCCUAAGUGAAAUAAAUGCAUUACUGACUGAAAUCUUCUCAUGGUAAAGCAGUCUAUAUGCUUAUGCAGCCACACAGUGGUAACUUGAAGGUGGCGCUAAGGUAAAGGGAUAAAAGGAAAAGGCAGCAUUUUGAAGUCUAGCUCUAGCAAAAUCAGGCUAGCUGAACUUAAAAGGCAAACAAGAGUGAGGUAAAUUGGUAACUGUACAGAAUCUGCGUCAAACAGCCAAGGGUCUGGGACCUGGGACCCAAGAAAGAUGGGGAAAGAGUCUCUAGGUUAAUAUAUACAUUCCAUAAUUAACAAAUGAUAAUGAUGCCAUAGUUUUCAUACAGAAAAAAGUCACAAGUAUUUUGUUUUGUCAAAUAUGACUUUUCAUGGGGAAACAUACAUAUUUGUGAUUUAGAUGCAAACUACCAAUUUAUACAGAAUUUCUCUACAAAAAUCCAUAUAUAUACAUACACACAUAUAUGUAUAUAUGUAGGAGAAAAAUUGUGAUGUCAGAAUACAGAUUUGAUUCCAGAAAAAAAUGAACAUUUUUACAGAUUAUUUACAAAAUGUGGGGGGGAAAUCAAAUCCUUAGAGAAAGCCCCCUAAAAAUAUUAUCUUUUUCUUAACACGAUUAACAUGAUGUUCUCCAUUAAAAGUAUGUUUUCCUCCCAUGACUGAAUUAAAUACAUGACACUUUAACCAAUAAAUUUUAAUCCUAACUUUUUUUCUUCUUUAAUACUAAAAUAGGGGUAAUCUACUAUGUUCCAAAGACAGUGUCUCAGUAAAAAGCAGAGAUCACAAAUUAUGGCAAAAACGUGUGCUCUAUUUUUAAGAUAGGAAGAUUAGUUUGGCAAAGAUUUAGACUAGUCAAGUUCUGCUGAUCUGGAGCAAUAAGCAUUUCUAUCUCUCAUUCAAUCAAAUCCUGGGUUUGACUGGCCAGGGACAGAAGCUGAUUUUACUGCAUCAAGAGGAGCUCACUGUUACUCUACAGAGCGGGAUCAGAAGCCCCAUUACAAAUGAACAUUCGAAAAGCUAGAAUUUACCAAUCCAUUUAUCAGAGUAAACACAGCCAUUUGUCAGGAGACAGCUUUGUCAUAAUACAACUGUAUCCUGAACAUAGAAAAUUUCACUACCCAUGAAGGAUACAGGGAAAUGUUUUUCAUCCUUCAACAGCAUUUGAUAUUGAUUCAAAUUGAGUAGAAGGGUGAGAAAUAUUGGCUGAAAAUUCCCAAAUUAAUCCUAAAGAUUACAGUUAAUAAAGAGUAAGAACAACUGGCAAACUCCUUAAUAAAUUCAGAAAAGUACACUGGAAAAGCAACUAAUUUAGUGAUUUAGGGGAACAGUAAGGCCACCAAGGCAUACUAUAGUAAAAAAAUAAAUAUAAAUUUAAAAUGAUUAUUUUGCCUUUCAUUUGGGGGUUGGGGUAAUGCUCUUUAAGAAAGUUAAUAUCCCCAAAACACUUUUCCCCCAUUUAAAGCACAAAAGCCACUCUUCAGUUGCCUAUGAAAUGCAGGACUUAAUUUUGAUCUAUUUGUCCUUUGGUAUCAGCACUGAAGAUAAGACUGUUAGUCAUAAAGUGCUCUUUAUCAACUGGCUAGAGUAGAACCACAUCCCAGCUUCACUGCAGUUCCAAGUAACACUAUGGUAGGUCUUUUGCUUUCUGGUAUCUACCUUUUAUCCUCUUCACCUCUCUUCUCCCAGAACACCUAUCUUUAAAAUGUUCAAGGUUAAAAAGUGAAUGACCACUUAAUCAAGAAACAGAGUAAGAGAUCUCUCUGGGAAAAAGAAAGUGGGGGGGGGGGGAAGAGGACUAUGAUACUGCACCCAUCAACAGCUAAUCUGAAAUAAUUUAACACUGAUUUAUGCAGCUUGCCAUGGAUUUUUAUCACCUUUCUGAAAUGGAGUGGUCUGAUAAAUGUGCAAAUGCAUACACAACUGAGAAACUAUCCACUGCCAACAAACAGCAAAGACACUAAUUUUUUAAGCCAAAAAAAUCUGUACUAACACAUGUAAUUUCUUAAUGUGCCUAAGUUAAUAUCUGUACCAAUUUAAUGAAUGGAUUUGAUUGAACUUCCCAACUCCACUAAUUAUUAAAAUCCAUCUGCUUAUUCUAAUGCUAGUCACCAAGAGCUAGACUCCAUCUUUGCAAUAAAAAUGAUUGCUAUGUAGCACUAGGUCUGAAUCCUAAAAUUCAGAACAGGUGUACCAUUUUCUCAAAGCAUACUUCCUACACACAUCUUAUCAGGGAAGAAAACUAUAAAUGCCCUGCUCUGUAAGUAUGGAUAUCAAUAUGAAAUUUGAUUAUUUUUAGAAGAUGUCUUAAAUGAUCAUUUUCCUAAUAAAGCAAUACAGUGACAGACCUGUUUCAAAACCUAUAUGGGAACAAGCUUUUCAUUAUUGAUUAAAGUGCUUCUACCAGAAAAAGAUGAAGGCAAAAAUGAUAAGGCCAUCAUAAUUUUUUCUUUCAUAGAUAAUUAAAUAUUUUUCUUCCUAACCUAGGGCAGACUCAUACUACUUGAAUAAUUUAAGGCCAAAAACAAAUAGAAAAUGACUGUUUAAGCUUUCAUACUGCUAUUGCAAACAUUUGGAAACAUCUGUUCCUCCUUCAACUAAUCUAUUUUUCUUUGGUAAUUAAAAAAAAAACCUAAUCUAUGGAAUGUUUGCUGAACCUUCCUAUCAACACCGAGACUGGAAACCAAAAGUCCAGUUCGAACAAAUUGUGUUCAAUCACUGUAAGAGCCAUUGG